CGACUCUCCACUCUUCACCACUGACUCGGAGAAAACUAGUAGACGGCAGUGCAUGUGUGUUGUGCUAAAGAAGGAGUGAGAGUGACGUGCACUGUGUAUUGCAACAUCACUGUCAGGUGCACAUUGACAUAGUAACUGGAGUUUACUUGUUGUGGCUAUUGAAAGUGUACGAAAUAAGAAGAAAAUGACACGGAAAAUAUCUCGGUAAUGGCGAAGUUCUCCCAGCGCCAAUUUUGUUGUUUACCUCGCUGAAUCAGAUGUUUCCUAAAUGAUGGUGAACGUUUCCACGAAUUCCUGCUCGCCAUUGGUGAUGUCCAUCAACCUCAAUAUUAAGAUGGCGACAAGGAAGAGAUCACACAAAACUUUCGCUGACCUUUCUCUGCUGCUGGUAAUGUCAUCGAGGAAGAGGUGUUAGUUAGCAACAGAAGUGUGUGUCUCAGGAGACCUGUCAGGAUGCAACUCUGAGUAAACAAUGAAUCAACAAGAAAUAAUACAAGACAAACAACAUGAGGCUACGAGUCAGGUUAAAGUCUUUAGCUCUCCUUGCCUUACUAAGCUUGUGCAUCGUUAUUUACAACUUUAUAGGAGUCCAUAUAGGUAGCUGGAGUGAUGACGGUAACAAGCCUAGUUCAAGGGUGGCCAGAAUAACCGCUAAUGAUCUGUUCGCCAUUGGCCAUCACUUGGAGUCUCCCAGCAUCGCAUCUUCAGGCCUGGCAUUUAGGCCCAAGACCUACAAUGUUGUUGUUAAUGGUGCCAACACACAGGGACAUGCUCCAGCUAACAUUGAUGCACCCUGUGAUAGUGUUUGUCAGUUUCGUCGACUCAAGCAGAGAAGUGAGAUGGAAGUAAAAGAAAAUCAUGUGAACCAGACUAAGAGAACAAGACAGAUAAACAAUGCAAGAGAUUUUUAUACAAGCAAGAGAACCAUUGUGUAUUCCCCACUCCAGAAAAGCAACAGCACCAGUGUGAAGUACAGCAAUAACUGGAAGGAGUGUGAUAGGACGUGCAGGAUUGCCAACCUGAAGGGUCACAAGUUACAUAAAGGAGCAGGUUAUGCUUCCAGGGUUCAGGUGGAGAGCAUGACGCUGCCAGAUUCCUGGACAGUAACACAGGAACUGGUGGACCGUCUGUCUGCCCGGCGCAACCACGUCCGAGAGGUUUGUAAAAAAUAUGGAUUAGAUGAGCCAUCAGAGACCUACCAGCCAAAUGCCUGGGAAUUCCUGAUAAAUGAAAAAUAUGGUUUAAUAUGGUGCAACAUCUUCAAGGCUGCCUCAUCAACAUGGUUCUAUAACUUCAAUUUACUAGCAGGGUUCUCAGAGACAGAACUUCUUCAUGCAAAAGAUACUCCAAUCCAACUUGCUAGAAAACGUUAUGCCAGACCAACUGUUGAGGAGUUGCACAAGGCCAUGAAUUUAUCCCAUCAAUCACUCUCCUUUAUGAUUGCAAGACAUCCUCUCAAGAGACUUGUUUCAGGCUACAGAGACAAGAUCCUAUCAGGCAACAGAUACUACAGCAAACUUUCCCGCAACAUCAUUAAACAAUACCCAAAAAUGAAACCGGACAAAAAUUCAGAUCCUCGUAAAUUCCAGGGGUCCGCACACGUGCCGUCCUUCCCUCAGUUUAUUCAGUUUCUCCUAGAUGAAAAUGCAAGAGGUGAAAAGCUUGAUGAACAUUGGAUUCCCAUGAACCAGUUUUGUACACCUUGCCUGGUGCCUUUUGAUGUGUAUGCAAAGGUUGAAACUUUGGAGGAAGAUGGAAAUUACAUUAUAUUUUCAGCAGGUAUUGAAGACGUAAUUAAACCGAAGAGAAUCAACCGCUCAAGGAACGAGCCGACAGAAGAAGUAGCUGACAAGUUUCUGUGCCAAUUGUCACAGCAGCAAAUGGAAGAACUUCUCCAGCUUUAUAAAUUUGAUAUUGAACUUUUUGAAUAUGAUGUCUCAAAGUAUAGAGAUUGUACCAAUUCCCCCGAGUUGAGCAAACAAAAACUAUAGGAAUUUUUUAGUAUUUGGUCUUUUUUUAACACUUUUAGUGAACACUAACAUUUUCUUAAUGUUUGUAAAGAAAAAACAGAUGUACUGUGAGUGAGAGAGAGAGAGUGAUGUUUACUGUGUCAUGAGACAUCAGCAUUAUAUAUACUGUACCAAAUGUGUGAAUAUAGUCAUUUAAGUGUAGCCAGUAAUACACAAACUUGUGAUAUGGUUAACAUUUAACCAAUUAUCAAGAUGAAACAUGAAGAGAUGGUUCUUGCAGGAUGAAUAGUUUCUUUAUUUUCAGUAAGAUAAAGUUAAAAUGUCUGUCUUUAUAAAUUAGAUAAGAAAAUUACAUAUAUUUUAAUACAGACAAGUUUGUAUAAGUCUGAUUUAAUUUUUAGUGACAAUAUUCUCAUUAAUGGUAACAAGAUAUACAUCAAGGUGUGAUAUUUGUAGUGUGUAUAAAUAUUAUUCAUUUUGGUGAAUAAGAGAUCUUGAUUUAU